AUUCUUCGGUCUUCGUAAUUGGUGUUUGUUAGUUUAUUGGCGCGAUUGAAAUAUGAUCAUUUGGAUUUCUUUUGCUGUCUUGAGGGCGCGUGCGCUAGAGACUUAAAGCUAGUUUUCCGGUGGAGAAGUUUUGUUUUUCUCAAUUUUGGUUCUUAUGCCAUGGUAACAAAGGCGUAUUCGUUCUUGCUAAUAUAUUCUAGGAGUAUUUGCUUUCAACUUUAAAAACAUUUCUAUAAAAGCGGUAGAGGAUUCAGGCAAGUAGUUAGUACAAGAGCUCGUGUCUAGUGAGGAGCAUUGUCAGACCAAAAAUAGUAAAAGGAUAUUAAAAAUGUUCAAAGUGUUUCUCAUCACCGCCUUUUGCGCUUUGACCGCCACCGCCGCCGCCGCACCCGAAGACCUUCACAUUUUGCCCACCGCAUCAUUGGCAGACGCCUUGCCGCUAUACAAGUCGGCGCUCGUCGCUCAGCCUACCCAUGUUGAGGUGGUCGAAAGUGUACCCACUGCUGUCUCCCAUCAGAGCUCAACCAUCGUACAUAGCAAAGCUCAACGCAUAACGCCGUUGGUGGCGCCCGCCGUUCGUUCUUAUACCGCACCAGCCUAUCGCUCCUUUUCAUCGCCACUCCCAGCUGCACGCCUGCUGCGCACAUUGCCAUUUGGUUUAGGCCCAGCUGCCGCUUUUGUGCAUGCCAACGCUCCAAUACAAUUACGCUCAUUUGCUCCUGCUGCUCCUACGUAUCCGGCACCACUCUACCGCGCAUUCGGUUUCACUUACGGACAGCCAUUGGUUUACGCUACAGCUGAAUUUAAGAAGUAAACAAACGUUUUCUUUUAUUGGCGAAUUAUUUUUGUGAACAUUUCAGCUAAAUCCUUAAUUGAUUUCCUGGAGAAUUAUUGCUUAAUUAUUGGCAGCAAUGCUGACACUUUGUAAUGAAAUAAAUCGGAAAUUCUGUAAAUAAAAUUCCUACUUACUUGUAA